AUGUUUGAUCUACCAAAUGCUAAGCGUGUCCGCCGCGAUGAGAUGCGUUCACCAGCAUCAUCCUGCUCGCCAUCACCAGCACCAGACGACGACGCCGCCGCCCAUGAUGCAUAUGCCCGCUUAGGAAAACUACUCGAUCUUGAUCAAUUGGAUGUGCCACAAGAGACAACUAGCCAAGACAAUGGUCCCUCACAGCCUGCGGAUGACGAAGAUGAGGAACAAGAAUUCGAGUUCCGGUUAUUCAGCGCCCCCACCAAAUCAACAGGAGAUACCACCGAGCAGUCAGGAAAGGAUGCAGAUGAGAAAAGCACAGAGGCCCCCAAUACCCAAAAGUUGAGAAUUCGGCUGCAUUCACCUACACCGGGGUCUGGAGCUGGCAGCGAGGGACGAUUUGUGAAAGCCUCCCGCGGGUGGGAUUAUUACUUCUCUACGCCUUCUCUCCAGGGCACAAGGGGUGGGGAACCUACCGCCGAAGACCAGCGCCGGAUAGCUGAAAAGAAGGAACAAUUUGAGGAUAUGGCCGUUAGCGGUCAGCACAUGCUGACAUGGGCCAAGUCGCUAGUCUGGCCCGGCUGCCAUCUCCCCUGGCGAGUCAUUCAUCUCAAGCGACAUCAGACCAAACUGCCACGGCCGGCCAACAGUCUUCCCGUCUACGUGGUAGAGGGCGCACCUGUCUCGAAGAGUCCACUUACCCGCAAGAAGCCAGGCAAGAAGCGCCGAGUGCAGCUGCGCAAGCGGGCUGCGGCCGCGCAGGCUGCAAAGGAAAAUGAAGCGGAGAAGCGGACUCGAAAGAACCGCGAGAGGAAAAUCAAGCGCAGACAAAAAGCGAGAGAGCAGAAGGCUGCGGCGGCGGGUGUCAGUGUUGAAGAUGUCGUCAUGGCUGAUGGUGAUGAUCAUUCCUCUAGCGGGGAGGAAUGA